CGCCCUGCCCCAUCGGCUUGUAGGGACGCGAGGACUGAGGAGUCCAGUAGCUCGGGCUGCCAGCGUCCUCGGGCACGGCGUCUGUGUGCCCUCCCCAGCGCUCUCAACUCCACAGCGACGGCGGCCGGGCUGGGCCACGGGGGCGGGGCCGGGCACCUGUGCGCGUUUGCAGGCACCUGCUGCGCGGCGGUCUCGGCCCGCAGGCUUUGGUCCGGGGCUGCUGCUCGAGCUGGACCUGGCAGGCCGGAGGGAGGAGGCGGGCACAGCCAGUUCUGCCCUGCGGGGCCCGCCCUCCCGGCUACCGGCACUGGCCUCGGCACAAACCCGAGCUGAGGGGCGACGUCGCGGAGCUCGAGGGUCUGCCCCCUCCGGAGAGGCUGCGGGCUCUGGUCUGCCUCGAGCCACCUGCGCGGCAGGGUCGGCCUCCGCCUCGCAUCACCUCGAGACAGAUACAGUGAAUGCAAAGGACAGAAGAGUUAGAUGACACAGACCACUGAAUUUCUUUGUUCGGAGGACACGUUAUGAACCCUUUCUGGAGCAUGUCUACAAGCUCUGUACGCAAACGUUCUGAUGGCGAAGAGAAGACAUUAGCAGGGGAUGUGAAAAGCAGUCCUCCAAGAACGGCACCAAAAAAACAGCUGCCUUCUAUUCCCAAAAAUGCACUACCCAUAACUAAGCCUACGACUCCUGCCCCGGCAGCACAAUCAACAAAUGGCACACAUGCUUCUUACGGCCCCUUCUACCUGGAAUACUCUCUGCUCGCAGAAUUUACCUUGGUAGUGAAGCAGAAGUUACCGGGAGUCUAUGUGCAGCCAUCUUACCGCUCCGCAUUAAUGUGGUUUGGAGUAAUAUUCAUACGGCAUGGGCUUUAUCAAGAUGGCGUGUUUAAGUUCACAGUUUACAUCCCUGAUAACUAUCCAGAUGGUGAUUGUCCACGCUUGGUGUUUGAUAUUCCCGUCUUUCACCCGCUAGUUGAUCCCACUUCAGGUGAACUGGAUGUGAAGAGAGCAUUUGCAAAAUGGAGGCGGAACCAUAAUCAUAUUUGGCAAGUAUUAAUGUAUGCAAGGAGAGUUUUCUACAAGAUUGAUACAGCAAACCCCUUAAAUCCAGAGGCUGCAGUACUGUAUGAAAAAGAUGUUCACCUUUUUAAAAGCAAAGUAGUCGACAGUGUUAAGGUGUGCACGUCUCGUUUGUUUGAACAACCUAAAAUAGAAGACCCGUAUGCAAUUAGUUUUUCUCCAUGGAAUCCUUCUGUACACGAUGAAGCCAGAGAGAAGAUGCUGACUCAGAAAAAGCCUGAAGAACAGCACAAUAAAAGUGUUCAUGUUGCUGGCCUGUCAUGGGUAAAGCCUGGCUCAGUACAACCUUUCAGUAAAGAAGAAAAAGCUCUGAUUAACUGGCUGCAUUAA